CUAAUUUUUAAAUUUUUUCUAGAGACGUGGUCUUGGUACUAUGUUGCUCAAGCUGGUCUCAAAAUCCUGUCUUUGAGUCACCCUCCCAUAUUGGCCUCCCGAAGUGCUGGGAUUACAGGUGUGAGCCAUAGUGCCCGGCCUGUUUUAAUUUUUUUUUGGCUCCUAAAGACUUCACACUUGUCUCUGCUGGAGUCUCCUGAACUCCUUGUUCUGUGAAUGUGAGAGUGAUCCACAGCUUGGCCCUUGAACCUCUUUUCUCUGUGCACACCCCCUGCCUUUCCUUAACAUCUUAUCUCAUGCUUUAAGCCCCACUACAUGUCUCCAUUUCCCCUGCAGCCCUCUCCCCUGAACUCUGGAAUCCUCUGGCCAGUUGUCCCUGUGACAUCUGUGCCAGACCAUCUCACAAGCAUCUCCACCUUCAUAUGUCCAAAAGCAACUUUCUGAACACCCAAAACAUGUUCCUAGUAGUCCCCACAUGUCAGGUGAGGGCGCCCCUGUGCUUCCUGGGGAUUAGCUGAGCACACUGGCUAAUAUUUUAAACAUAGGAAAUACUACAUUGUUCAUAAGUGUUUUAAUAAUAAAAAAAUUACAUGUUUACUUAAAACAGGUGAGGAAAUACAUCAUUUCCAAUGUUCUUCUGAGGUGUGGGAGAGAAAUGUGUGCAGACCUGGCCCUGCCUGCUCUGCUCCCCCUGGACCUCUCUGGCCUCAUCUGCUUGUGUGGUCCUGGCUGGCUCUGCUCCAGCCACACUGGCCUCUUUCCUAUUCCUGGGGCCAAGGUGGCUCCUGCCUCAGGGCCUCCAGGUUGCCUGAUCCUCUGCCUAGAACCCUCUGGCCCCUCAGCUGUAGAUGACAAACAGCAUUCCUUCCAUGGUGUUGUUCUGAUAUCCCCUUCUCAGUGGGGACUUCUUUGACAUGCCCCUAUUUAACAUUCCAGCAACACUCUCAACCCCACCUGUGGACCAUAUUGUACAAUGGGUAUUCGUUUCUGCUCCUUUACCUUCCACUGUCUGGACACUGGUGAUGGCAUGUCCCUGAGCGGGGAGCAGAGUCAGAGGGUGGGAGGUUUUACCAGGCUUACUGGCUUUGAGUGGAGCUCAGCCCUGGCUUCACAUUAGGGUGUUGAGGCAUUUUGCAGAUUCAUGUCUUAACCCUCUUACUGGAGAUUCCCAUUUCCCUUGCUGCAGUGAGUGUGUGGGCUUCACCAGGAGGGGAGCAAGAUCUGACAAAAGGUGUCAAAAACUCACUGGUUUGGCUUCCUGCAGGAGUUUAUUGUUUCUGCAUCUCUCCUGGGGCCAUGGGCAACAGGGGACCAUCUUUCCCACAGGCUGCAGCAGUGGGGAGCUGGGCUGGGCUGAGCUCCCCUCCUGGGCCAGAGCCAGCCCCAACCAAACAGGAUGCAGAGCACAGCCCCCCUCACCCCUGCAGGGACCUCAGCCCUGACAAAUGGAGGACUCAGAACCUUGACUGGACACAGAAUAGAAUCAACUCUAAAUGUUAUUAAGCCUGUGCCUAACCUAACACUGUCAAUGGGAAUUUCAGUAACUCCAGUUACGUGAAGAAGAAGUCCAGAAGAGGAAAGGAAAGGAGUCAGGAAUGGCUGUGGCUCAGAGGCCUUUGACAUUCAGGGAUGUGGCCAUAGAAUUCUCUCAGGAGGAAUGGACAUGCCUGGACCUUGCUCAGAGGACUUUAUACAGGGACGUGAUGUUGGAGAACUACAGGAACCUAGUCUCCCUGGCAGGAAUCUAUGUUUUUGACCUGAGUAUCAUCUUCAUGUUGGAGCAAGGGAAAGAGCCCUAGUCUAUAGAGACUAAAGUGAAAAUAGAAAAAAGUCCAAAGGGUAGGAGUAUAUCUGUAAACUGAAAUAAAAUCUUAAACUACCCCUGCAUGUGACUGAAUGGACCCCUCUUGGCCAAGGGGACCCCAGAAAUGCCCUUAAGCAGAGUUACUGGCCAUGAGAAGGAAUGUCAGAUACGCCUCAUUUUGCCCUUCCUUUCCUGGAGAUGUCAUUUAUAACUCAUUUACAGGGUUCAGGCUAUGCAUGACAAAGCUAAAACCAUACCUGUAGGUCCUCAAUUUACUUAUCAGAUUACUUGAAUAUUUGUAUAUGUCCAGUAUAUGUCCAGUGGCUUAUCUCUGAUUAACACACUUCUUUAUCUUAACUUAAAACAUUUCAAGCCUUUAGACAAAGCUUUAUUUUGUGAACCAGUUACAAAUCAAAGAAUCUUUUAACCUACCUGUAACCUGUAAUGCCCAGCUUCAAGGCAUCCUGCCUUUUCAGGCCAAACUAGUGGACGCCUCCGAUGUAUUGAUUUAUGACUUUACAUGUGAUUUCUGACUUCCUGAAAUACAUUAAACGAAACUGAAACCUAA